CAGCAGUCGAAGCAGUCGAAUCGACACUGAUUUGCGCCUCCUGAGCCCUUCGGACAUUCGUUCUUCAUGGCCUGGGACCGCAAGGGCGGCCGCCUGGUGCGCCGCGGGCUGCGGAGCGACGUGACGCCCUCGGAGCUGCCGCGGCGGCGGCGCCGGCGCGCGCGGCCGAAGCCGCGUCGUCACCAUCUCGGCACGCUGCCCGAUGACAUCGCAAAACGAGUCUUCGCGUUCGUCGCGCCGCCCGCCGACCCGAUCCCGUUCUUGCGCAUCCUGGCGACGGACAGCGCGGUCCGCGGCCUCGUGAACCGCUGCUGCCUCGAGCACCUCAACACGUGCGCCGUGGAUGCGGCUGACGGUAUACUGCUCAUGCGUGCCUUCGCGCGGGCGCGGGCGCCGCUCCGAUCUCUCACGGUACACUUGGGCUCGGAUGAGGUCCCGAUGCUGCGCUGGCUGCUCGAGACAUGCGACACGACGAACCUUUCGCGCGUGCGGAUCAGCGUGUCGAGGAAUGUACGAAGUAUGCUCCUUUCGUCGGAGGCGUUGGUCCACGGACACCCUAACGCUGACGGCAUCAUCGACAUCGAAGCGGAUGCUUUCGAGGUGCCGACGAUGGAUGACUUCCGCCGCGUCGUCGCGUGGACGCCCGACCCGACGCUCCGCCCGGCGGUGAGCGCGCUGCGCAGCCUCACGCUGGUCUCGUGCACCGACGACGUCCUGCGGCUGUUCGGUGCCAGCGACGGAAGUCUUGAGCUACCGAACGUGAGAACGCUGCGCAUGACCCUGCCGCAAAGGGAGAGACGCUAUAGAUGGGAUGCUGCGACGGGCCUGUCUGUGGAGCUGCCCUCAGUAGUUAACGAUUUCGCGCUCCUUAGACGGCUACCUCGACUGCACACGCUCCAAUUGAAUGGCUGCGCUGACACCCGCAUUUCAAUUGCGUCGCCGAGCCUGCGAAUUCUCGAUCUUGCCCGCGCCGCAAAACACUGCUUCAUCCAUAGCAUUGCCUGUCCCAUGCUCACGGCCAUUUAUGUUCGAGACUCGAGCUACGGAACUGGCAUUCGUCGUGUGGUGCCGCUGACGGUGGGAAUGGCGGAGCACGUUGGACAGUACGAGGGAAGUUGUAUCGGCGACCCAGUGAUAAAGUGGGCCGAAAAAUCGAGGGGUAAUGGGUGGGGGGCAGGCGGAGGGGUGGUCUCUGUUCCUGCGGCUGGCAACACGUGGGCCGCGGCACAUUACGAGGACAUCCCCCACGAUUACGGCGGCGAAUCAGACUCGGACAGCUUCCGAGUCAUCUCCCUUCCAGCGGCCUGCACCGUGCACUUCGGCUCAGACUCGGACUUGGUCACGAUCUCCGAGAGGUACGCUCGACUAGUGUAGGUACGUAAGUGCAAAUACCAGUAAUAUAUUAAACGCACGAUAACU